ACUCUACAUCUUUGACUGGCUAGGUUAGUUGUCUGUCUGCCAGCUUGGUAUAUUUAGCUGCUUGUAUUAUCGGCUCAGAUUCAACCUGCAGUUCAGCAAUAGAGAGUUCAGUACACAUGGUUUAUAUUUUCAGACGAAGAUUAGCUGGCAGCGCUAAUUAAGUCGUUUACCACCAACAGCAGCUCUGUCAUUUCAGCAGAUCCUGGGUUUUCUCUAAGCAACGCAAAUAUACAAUUAAUGAAAUGUCUUCAGACGAAGACAGGGCCAAGGAAAUUUUGAAAGGCUUCAAACUAAACUGGAUGAACCUUCGAGAUGCAGAGACGGGCAAAGUGCUGUGGCAGGGAACAGAGGACCUCUCUGUUCCAGGAGUAGAACAUGAAGCUCGUGUCCCAAAGAAGAUCCUGAAGUGUAAAGCGGUGUCUAGAGAACUGAACUUUUCUUCUUCAGAGAAACUGGAGAAGUUCCGACUGGAGCAGAAGGUUUUCUUCAAAGGACAGUGUCUAGAAGAAUGGUUCUUUGAGUUUGGUUUUGUCAUCCCCAACUCCACCAACACGUGGCAGUCUCUGAUAGAAGCCGCUCCAGAGUCCCAGAUGAUGCCAGCCAAUGUUUUAACUGGUAAUGUGAUCAUAGAGACCAAGUUCUACGAUGAUGACCUCCAUGUCAGUACCUCCAGGGUACGACUUUUCUACGUCUGACCUUUGA